CAACAGCGACAGCCAAUCAGAGAGCUCCGUGGCCGCCGCUCGGGCCUUUAUAAACUUUGAGUCGCUCGGCAGGAGAGGCUGUUUUUCUCCCGUUUCUGCUCCGUAAACAGCAACAACAGCGACACAGCAAACAGAAGCCACCAUGCUGCCUUUAGUAGUGUUUACGAUAUGCCUGAGCUCGGUCCUCUCAGCUCCUCCUCUGGACCCAAAACUAGACGACCACUGGAACCUGUGGAAGGGCUGGCACAGUAAAAAAUACCAUGAGAAAGAGGAGGUCUGGAGGAGGAUGGUGUGGGAGAAGAACCUGAUGAAGAUUGAACUGCACAACCUGGAGCACUCCCUGGGCAAGCAUUCCUACCGGCUGGGCAUGAACCACUUCGGUGACAUGACUCAUGAAGAGUUCAGGCAGGUGAUGAACGGCUAUAAUGGCAAGCAGCAGAGGAAGGUCAAGGGAUCCCUGUUCAUGGAGCCCAACUUCCUGGAGGCUCCACGCUCCUUGGACUGGAGGGACAAAGGCUACGUCACCCCCGUUAAGGACCAGGGUCAGUGCGGCUCCUGCUGGGCCUUCAGCACCACCGGGGCUCUGGAGGGCCAGCACUUCAGGAAGACGGGCCAGCUGGUGUCCCUCAGCGAGCAGAACCUCGUCGACUGCUCCCGGCCCGAGGGCAACGAGGGCUGCAACGGCGGCCUGAUGGACCAGGCCUUCCAGUACGUCAAGGACAACCAGGGCCUGGACUCCGAGGACUCUUACCCCUACCUGGGAACCGACGAGCAGCCGUGUCACUACGACCCGCAGUACAGCGCCGCCAACGACAGCGGCUUCGUCGACGUUCCCAGCGGCAAGGAGCGCGCCCUGAUGAAGGCCGUGGCCGCCGUGGGACCCGUGUCAGUCGCCAUCGACGCCGGGCACGAAUCCUUCCAGUUCUACCAGUCAGGAAUCUACUAUGAGAAGGACUGCAGCAGCGAGGAGCUGGACCACGGCGUGCUGGUGGUCGGCUACGGCUUCGAGGGAGAAGACGUGGACGGCAAGAAAUAUUGGAUCGUCAAGAACAGCUGGAGUGAGAAGUGGGGAGACAAGGGCUACAUCUACAUGGCUAAAGACAGGAAGAACCAUUGCGGCAUCGCGACGGCGGCCAGCUACCCUCUGGUGUAGCGGCCCCUGUGGCCCCUCGAUGUAGCGCCCACAUGUUUUAUUGCAAUAGUUUGGCUGCAGGAGGCCGAGCUCGUUUUACAGCCUGAAUGAGGCUUCAGUCAAAGCACGACGUCGUCAGAGGAUUCUGCUACGUUUGAAUGAACACUGAUUUUUAGGGAAUUACCGCCAUUGUCUUUUGGCUGAUUUUAUGCCACUUUAUCCAUUUAAAAAGAUUUUAGUGUAGUGUUUUGUUUUGUUUUGUUUUGUUUUUCUCUUUGUAAAUAUGUGUAUGCUGCUUGGUAAGAGGUGUCUUAACCGUUGCUAUGGUCGUUGUAUGAGUGAUUGAAUUUUUUUUUUCUACUUGUACUGUGAUCAAUUAAAAGUUGUGAAACACUGAUUUGGCGUUGGGACUUUG